AUGAACCAAGUGAAACAUAAAAUAUGUAUGGUAUCCGAUUUUUUUUAUCCUAAUAUGGGAGGCGUUGAAGAACAUAUAUUUAAUUUAUCACAGUGUUUACUUGGUCGUGGACAUAAAGUUGUGGUGAUGACACAUUCCUAUGGAGAUAGAGUUGGCAUUCGUUAUAUGACCAACGGUCUCAAGGUUUACUAUUUGCCAAUAAAAGUAUUUUAUAACCAAUGCGUUCUUCCAACAAUGAUAUGCUCACUUCCAUUGAUAAGAUAUAUAUUUAUAAGAGAACAAAUUGAAAUAAUCCACGGACAUUCAGCAUUUUCAGCUUUAGCACACGAAGGAAUGCUUAUUGGAAGACUUUUAGGCUUAAAAACAGUAUUUACGGAUCACUCCCUAUUUGGUUUUGCUGAUACUUCAGCGGUGUUGACAAAUAAAUGUCUUCAAAUAUCACUGGCUGACUGCAAUCAUUGUAUUUGUGUAUCACACACUGGAAAAGAGAACACUGUCCUACGUGCCAAAGUUCACAAGGAUCGGGUUUCAGUAAUUCCAAAUGCCGUCGACACGGCACUUUUUACUCCAGACAUCAGCAAGAGGAAAAGUAAUUGCAUUACAAUAGUCGUGGUAUCUAGGCUGGUUUAUCGCAAAGGUGUUGACUUAUUGGCACAGAUAAUACCUAGAAUUUGUUCGCGGCAUCAAGACGUGCAAUUUUUAAUUGGAGGUGAUGGUCCUAAACGCUGGCUUGUCGAAGAGAUAAGAGAACGUAAUUUAUUGCAGCAUCGAGUUACUUUGCUAGGAAGCUUAGAACACUCUCAAGUGCGUCAUGUUUUAAAUAAAGGACAUAUUUUUUUAAAUACUAGUCUUACUGAGGCUUAUUGUAUGGCAAUCGUUGAAGCUGCUUCGUGUGGGUUGCAAGUUGUAUCAACAAAAGUCGGCGGAAUACCAGAAGUAUUACCGCCAGAAUUAAUUUAUCUAGUCGAACCAAAGGUAGACGCUCUUGUGGAGGCUCUGGAACAAGCUAUCGCUGACUACAGAACUGGCAAUAUAAUUUGCCCUUAUCAAGUACACGAUAAAAUUGUUUCUAUUUAUAAUUGGUUCAAUAUUACCAAGAGAACAGAGAUUAUUUACGACUCAGUUCAGCAGGAGAGCAAAAAGACUAUUGGCGAACAGUUGGCUAAUUAUUUAUCUAGUGGAGUACUGCCAUAUUUACUGAUGGUCUCAUUAUGUUAUAUCGCGUUGCAAAUAUUAGAAUACAUUGUACCGAGAAAGUACAUCGAUAUAGCGACCGAUUACAACCAACCCGAGCCAAGUCUAAAGAAUAAAAAAAAUAGAACUACUUAA